UUGUUUACGUUAUGGCGCCGGGCAGCACGAUGAAGGAAAACGAAACGGACGAAGAAUACUUAAUUUCUAUGGCACGGAGCUACCAGAAAAGCGAUCCGUAUUUUACGAAGUCUUGGAUGCUUACAGCGAAAACGCUUUUUCCUGAAAAUUUCGGAAUACAGUAUGAAGCCUACUGCCUGGCUUCAGACAGUGGAAAUAUCAAAGAGGCAUCAGGCUACUUGGAGGAAAUGUUCAGGAAGUUUCCGACAGAACAUCGUCUCUGGGAUGAAGUGUACAAGAUAGCCAAUGCCCUUCGAGCUGACACGCUUGAUCCCAAGGUUGCUGUCUUGAGAGAUAUGUUUAAUCAUUUGCCAACAGCCUCACAGCAUGACAUCUUACUUUCUAUAGCCGAACAUUGCAUGGACACAGCUGAGCACUGCAGACUCAUGUUGCUCCUCUUGCGAAAGUUCCCAGAGAAGGUGGUGGAACAUGGUGUGAAGCUGAUUGACACGCUACAAAUGGCCGAGAAACAUAGCCAUUGCCAGACGCCGCUGAACCAAUUUAGGAAACUACUUGUAUGUGACGUGGCUCCUCUGGUCCUAAAGAUGGGCGUGGAGCUCCCAGUCAAGCAGACAUAUAGGCUCAUCCAUAAAUGCAUAGAAUUCUACACAAUGUUCAUUUAUGCACCAAAUAGGAACAAGCUCGACCUGUUCAUGAAGCCAGGCCUCGAAGGUGGUGGAGGAGGCAGUAGCAGCGAAAGUGGCUGUGGCACUUCGGAGGCUGAGCUGUGGCGGCAGCUGUUCUCGUUUAUGUUGUGCGCUGGGCGCCGCCUACGCUGGGAGCUGUCAGAGCUGCUACAAGAGCCCCUGCCACUGCUUCAGGAGAGCCACUGGCAGCACAUUCGUGCCCUGCUGCGGGCACGGCCGGCACCACCCCCGACCGACCUCAGUGCAGGUGCCACUGCCAUGGACCCCGAAGAACUUGUGGCUGCACACAAACAGGUCUUCUACUGCGUCAUUGUGAUAUUUCUGCAUGCACUGUACAACUAUGGGAAGCACAUCAACCCUUCCUGGUUCCCAGGUACCACCAGUGAAAUUCAGUGCAUUCUAUUAGAGGGGCCACGAUGGGUGAACCCAGCACCCGAGCAGCAGCCAAAGCACAAGAAAAGAAAAGUUGAGCCUGAGGCAAGUGGAAAGGAGGCCGAACCACCUGCGCUGACUGUGAGCAAGUGCGUCCCGGCAGAAUCGGCGGUCGUGCUGACGCAGAGCUUCCUUACAGCUAUUCGCUGCUGGUCCAUUCUGCAGUAUCUAAAGAAAGAACUGUCCCGGUUGUCACAACACAUUCGUCUGGAAGAGUGGCCCUGGUUCCAGUCCUUUCUUAUAGAGUCUCUCAUCUACCAGGACCAGCAUAAAGAAGCCAUUGCAAAGCUCUACAGUGCAGCUGAUGUAGCAACAGAUCCAACAACAAAGAACAAAAUAAACCUCCAGAUGGCCAGCUGCUUCCAUUCCUGUGGGGAGUCCUCAUUCUGCCUUCAAGCUGAUGGCAGCCAGGUCACCAACGUCAAGGCAGCUUGUUCCAAGCUUCUGGAUGUGGUGUGCUCGUUACCUGAAACCUCUGUGGCUGCCUCAGCUACUCCAUACCAUACGCCAGAGACCCUGCACAGAAAACCUGAACGAAAAUUAGUGUUUGCCUGCUAUGACAGGGCUGAGGUUCUGCGGUUCUGUAUGAAGACACUGAUAACAUGUUUUAAGGACAAAGUUCUGAUGCAGUUUAGCCGAGACGACCUUGCUCUGGGUCACUUGAUAGUGAUGACUCAGUACGACUGGCCUGAGGAAGAGCCACUUUUCGUCAAGCUGCUUGAUGUUAUUAAGAAGCAGGGGAGCUUCUGCUAUGGACUUUUCUUCAACUACCUCAUCAAUGCUGACAUGCUUGAGGAAUUUAUGUACAUCACUACUAGCAAUGGAGGCGGAGUCACUCUGGACCUACUGCCAACUUCUACCACUCAGGUUGGAAGUGUGGAUGCUGAUUGCAGACAGAGAGCUGUGACGCGAGGAGUGAACAAAGGAGCUAAAGAAGACCUGAAGCUGGCCAUGGAAAAGCAGAUGGCACGCUGCGAUGACGACCUCGAGCACCUUCUGGUUCACUUCGUACAGCAAGAGAGAGAGCUUCUCGAGCAGCAGCUUUGAGCCGAG